AUGCUGCCCCUCAUCCUCACUACAACCAACUCCAUCUCGCCCAAGAUCUCCUGCGAAAUGGAGCGACCGCGUGUUAUUUCCGGUUUCAAACGGGUCGUAUGGCCCGAACUUCGUCGAUUACCUCUCAGAACCUCAGCAAAAAGGUUGCCCUUGAGCAUCGAGCAAGUGCGUCAAGACAUUGAACACGAAGCCAACUCAAUCAUCAAGAAGCAUGGUCUGAAAUUUGAAGAUGAGGAAGACCACUGUGAUCCUCAAAUGGAAAUGCGAGGAGUGCCCGAGAAACGUAGCACCGCUCUACCAACCAUUCUCAUAUUUGCACCAUGGCCAGCUGAAAAGCAACGUGAUUGGGAGACAGCUGCACAGGAAAUGGCCACGUUUCUUGCUGAUCUGUCAAGGGUCUGCUCGUUCAGCGAAACAGAGAUUCAUGUGGAAAUAAUGGCCGUGGAACUAGUGAAGAGAACCAGCUACACCAAUAUCGACGACCCUGUGUUCCAAAGUGCUUGGGAAUGCUUGAGCAGUACUAUUUUCAACCGCUUACAGCCGCUCAGAGCGACUCAGGGCCACAUCACCUGCCUCUCUCUCCAGAAGUACGGGGCGAACGACGAUCUUCUUGAAAAGAGUCCACCUACUGUAUAUAUUUCGGUUAGCCAUGAGUCUGAUGAAACCCAAUGGUACGAAGUAGUCACAGAGGUCAAGAAAAUCCUUGAUGCGGUUGGAUGGAGCGAUGUCCAAGUCCAUAUAGAGCAUAACGAGGGCAUGAUUGGUUCACUUGAUACCUUAGCCAACCCCACAACAGAACAAAGAAAUCGUGGCUACAGGCUGAAGAAACGCAUGAAAGAUGACUAUUACUCAACUGUCCAUAUUGGAGACGAUUUCGGCGCUGCGCGUGGUAUCAAGCGGACCGAUGGGGAGCGACUGAGUCCCACAAAUGGCACUAUCGGCUGUUUCGUGCAGCUCAAAACUUGUGACCCUGACCCGACUUGGCGGACCUUCAUCCUUACAUCUUAUCAAGCAGUCCGACCUGCCUUUGAUGGCUUCGCCGUGACGCCAGAUGGUACAGAUUCUAGCGUUGCACCCCCAACAGCGAACAGCGACCUCUGGACUGUCGACUCAGCUGGGUUUACCCCAAAUUCGUCGGCCAAGCCUGCUGCCUUUGAAAGCCCCUCUCGAUCAAAGCAUAAUUUUAACAUUUCUCAUCUUGACCAAGAUGUCGCUGUUCUUACGAAGCAUAUACAGUAUUUGGAGCAAAAGAAUUCGCCUACAAAGGAAAAACAAAUCCAAGAAUUUAGGGAGGAAAUAGCGGCUUCAAGAGAUGAAAGGAAACAGAAGACCGAUUUUUUCGAGGCUAAUAAGCAGGCGCUCGGAAGAUUGUACGCCGCAUCGGGAUUCAGGCGGAGGCUUGUAGGCAGAAGAAUGGACUGGGCGCUCAUCGAGGUCGAUCGGCCAUGGCAUGAUCGUCUUCCGGGACGCGAAGAAUGGAAGUCUCCCUUUUCUGGGAUCUUAGGGACGCCCUUUAUGACCUAUAGGAGGCAACUUGAAGAGAAAACUCGGUCCAUCGAGGCAUUGAGUGGACUUGCUUGGUCGGACAACACAUUCGAUGUUUAUAAGAUCGGAACAAGCAGUGGGCCGACGGCUGGAUCCCUCCUUUGCACAAACAACCUUGUCACUAUAAGAGACGACCAAUACAUGAAUCCCCUGCCGACAGAGGAGACGGCUUUUGAACCGCGACGCUACAAUUAUGCGAGGGAGCGUGGAUUCUGUGCCCCUGGGGAUUCAGGGUCUGUUGUGUUUGAUGAAAGAGCAGGUAUUGUUGGUCUUGUGAUUGGGGGACAUCAGAAUAAUAACUCAUAUAACCACGGUCAUGGCUAUGUGACUCCUAUUGAGUACGUUUUUAAAGAUAUCAAGGACCUUUUAAAAGGGCAUGUUCAGGAUAUUCGGAUAGCAGAGCUGUAA